AUGGGGCACUGCUACUGGCCAGUUAGAUGGCUGCUUCGUCCAUUACUCGACUCUGCCGACACUGUGAAAGGCUCUGCGCGUAUGUGUGCGCUGCGUGAUUCAAACGUACCGAAUCGGCGAAGGAUAAGAGGCAAAUGGAUCGACCCAGGGGUUAAUUUGUUGAGUUUGCAGAAAUGUAGUACGUUGGUGGGCGACGUGCGAUUGAAGUGCAUUUCGGCGCUUCUUCCUCUGCACAGCGAGCCGCGUCUGGCCGUAAAACUGGAGCUGUUCACGAACAAAUUCAAGGAUCGACUUGUCAGUAUGGUUAUGGACAAGGAUUGCGAAGUGGCAGUGCGUGCCUGUCAGCUGCUUACAGCACUGUACCGCAUCUAUCCGGCAGUGCUGACCUUGACAGACUGCGUGCCAGUUUACGAACUCGUAUACUGCAACCAGCGUGCUUUAGCUCAGGCAGCUGGCGAAUUUCAUGGUCGUCAUUUAUGUAUGAUUGUUUGA